CGGCGCGCGCAGCCCGGCGUUUGUGCGCGCGGCCCCGCCGGCGCCGGCGAGCCCCGCGCCCCCCCCAGACUCCGGGGCGUGCUGGCCUUGAGUCACGCGGCUCGUGGCCUCGGUUCGGUGGGUGCCCAGGCUCCGCGCGGCGGCGGCUGGGUGGCUGGCUGCCCCCUAACCCCGCCGGGCUCCCCUGAGCGUCUGGGGCUCCCGCGAAGCGUGGCGAAGUCCCGGGCCUGCGACGGUUCGCGGGCCAGUGCGGAGGCAGCCGGGUAGGCGGCAGGGAUGGGCGCGGGGCGCGCCCCCAGGCGAUGCGGAGAACUGGGCUCUCUCUCUCUAUUUCAGGAUUGGGAACCCAUGCCACACUCACCUGCUCGACUGAGGAAUUAUCAUGGUAAAGGGAAACGAGGAAAAGGCCGAGGCAAGUCUGGCGGGAAGAAACCGAAGAAACCGGAAGUGGACAUCCUCAGCCCAGCCGCCAUGCUGAACCUCUACUACAUCGCCCACAACGUUGCCGACUGCCUGCAGCUGCGAGGCUUCCGCUGGCCAGGUGCUCCCAAAUCAAAGAAAGGGAAAAACAAGACUUAAUAGCAUUUCACAGAGAGCAGAACUUGGGGACAAGAAAUCAGGAUAACACAACUACUGCAAGCAAAAUAGACUUUACUGAAGACAAUUUGAGAUGCAAGCCAAGUGGGCUUUUCUGUGGUAGUUAGUGAUAAAGAAAUGCAUUUUACUUCCCAGCUAAAUUCAGCUAGAGUUAGCCAGUUUGCUUUUUCCGAAGUCAAGGGGGCAAAAAGUCUGAGUAAACAUUCCACCGAGCGUGGUGGAAUUGAAAGGACUUUAAAAAUUAUUAUAAUUCUGGGUCAGAAUAAACUUUGUUCUCAAAAGGCA